AUCACUUCCCGAUACUUCCUCCCACUUUCGAACUCGUCUUUAAAACGCCCGCCAUCGUCCCGAUUCUUUCCCGCCAUCGCACACGAAUCUCCAGCGAGGGCUAUUCCCGGAAUAAACUUCUCCCGUUUCCCGAAAUACCCCUCCCAAUGGCAUCCAUGGCGGCUCAUCACCCCCAAACCCUCAAUCGAUCCCAAACCCUUCGAGUGCCCCAAAGGACCUCGAUUUCUCGAAUCUCUACCGCUCCGGUGCGGCGGAGAGCACCCGGUGGUGGCCGGAUUUCUUGUAGCUUGAUCGAGCCGGAUGGAGGGAAGCUGGUGGAGCUUGUGGUUUCCGAUGAGCCGGCGAGGGAAACGAGGAGGCGGGAGGCGGCGGCGUACCCUAGAGUUCGGCUGUCGAGGACCGAAGUUCAGUGGGUGCAUGUGCUGAGCGAGGGGUGGGCGAGUCCUCUGCGAGGGUUCAUGAGGGAAGCUGAGUUCCUCCAAACCCUUCAUUUUAAUUCUCUCCAGCUUGAAGAUGGCUCCCGUGUCAACAUGUCGUUACCGAUUGUGCUCGCCAUUGAUGAUUUGCAGAAGCGUGAGAUUGGGGAACAUCGCAAGGUCGCCCUCGUCGAUUGGAAUGAUCGGCUGAUCGCCAUUUUGAACGACAUUGAGAUCUACAAACACAAUAAAGAAGAGAGAAUUGCAAGAACUUGGGGAACAACUGCCUCUGGACUGCCAUAUGUUGAUGAAGCAAUAGCCACUGCUGGAAACUGGCUGAUUGGAGGAGAUCUAGAGGUUAUUGAACCAAUUAAGUACCAUGAUGGUCUUGAUCAGUAUCGGCUAUCCCCUGCAGAACUACGUGAAGAAUUCUCUAGGCGCAAUGCAGAUGCAGUAUUUGCUUUCCAGCUUAGGAAUCCUGUACACAACGGGCAUGCUUUACUCAUGACUGACACAAGGAAACGGCUUCUAGAAAUGGGCUACAAAAACCCAAUUCUUCUGCUUCAUCCAUUGGGAGGCUAUACAAAGGCGGAUGAUGUACCUCUUUGUUGGAGAAUGAAACAGCAUGAGAAGGUACUUGAGGAUGGUGUUCUUGACCCAGAGACAACAGUUGUUGCAAUUUUCCCAUCUCCCAUGCAUUAUGCUGGACCAACUGAGGUGCAAUGGCAUGCUAAGGCUAGGAUAAAUGCUGGUGCCAACUUUUACAUUGUGGGGAGAGAUCCAGCUGGCAUGAGUCACCCAACUGAGAAAAGGGACCUCUAUGAUGCCGAUCAUGGUAAGAAGGUGCUUAGUAUGGCUCCUGGUCUCGAGAGGCUUAACAUUCUGCCAUUCAGGGUUGCUGCCUAUGAUAAAAAACAGAAGAAAAUGGCUUUCUUUGACCCUUCUAGGGCUCAAGAUUUCGAAUUCAUCUCUGGCACCAAGAUGAGAACCCUGGCUAGAAACCGGCAAUCUCCACCGGAUGGAUUCAUGUGCCCUGGUGGAUGGGAAGUACUCGUGGAAUAUUACGACAGUUUGGCUCCUGCAGAAGACCGAAAACCCAGAGAACCUGUCCCAGUCUAGAGCUGCACAAGACGAGCAACUCGGUGGAUUGAACCGUGCUUGAGAUUUUCAUAUGAGACAUUUGCAUACAUGUGAGGGAAAUGUACUUCUGAUGAAAAACCACACGCUCAUGACUUUGCUAUUUAUUUCUAGUGAAUUUCAUUAUAAAUUGAUCAUGACUGUCAAGUGAUCAAGAAUGUUUAGAUUCUUAUCUAAAUUAAUGUAGUAGAGUUUGUAAAUGAAAUCAAUGUCUUGUUUCCAAGUUGAAAUUAA